UCUAUUUGAGCUUGUUAAUUGAAUAGUAGAAGAUGUCGGGAUCACUGCCAGCCACCUUUGUCAAGGGCUUCCAUGAUGAGGAGCAGGUGCGUCGCAUGGAGUACCGGCAGCUAGGCUCCACGGGUCUGCGAGUGUCCAAAAUCGCCCUUGGCGGUGCCACUCUCUCCAAUCUCUUCUCCGACGACUUCGAUCGGCAGGAGGGAAUCCGCACGGUGCAUGAGGCCAUUAAGUCGGGCAUUAACUAUAUAGACACCGCCCCCUUCUACGGCAAAUCGGAGGAGCUGCUCGGCCAGGCACUGAAGGAUGUUCCCCGGGAGGCGUACUAUAUAGCCACCAAAGUGGCGCGAUACGAGAUGGAUCCGGCGAAGAUGUUCGAUUAUACGGGUGCCAAAGCCAGGGCGAGUGUCAAGCGUAGUCUGGAACUCCUCGGAUUGGAUCGAGUGGAUAUACUGCAGGUUCACGACGUGGACGCCGCACCCAGUCUGGACAUGGUGCUGAAUGAAACCAUUCCUGUCCUGGAGGAGUACGUGCGGGCGGGCAAGGCACGGUUCAUCGGCAUCACGGCCUACGAUGUGGAUGUGCUGAAGGAGUGCGCCGAACGGGGCAAGGGUCGAAUCCAAGUGGUGCUCAACUAUGCCCGCUACACACUGCUGGACAAUACGCUCCUGCGGCACAUGAAGGCCUUCCAGGAGCUGGGCGUGGGCAUUGUCUGUGCCGCCGCCCACUCGCUGGGACUCCUGAGCAACGCCGGUCCCCAGUCCUGGCAUCCGGGUAGUCCGGAACUCCUGGAAGUGGGCAAACGGGGAGCCGAAAUCUGUAGGCAGCGAAAUGUGGAGUUGGGCAAACUGGCCAUGUACUACACAAUGCAGCUUGAUGGGGCAGCCACCUUCCUCAUCGGCAUCCCCAACCGAAAGCUGCUGCGGAUCAACUUGGAUGCGGUCUUCGAUGGACUCACUUCCCACGAACAGGAAGUGCUGCAGUACCUGCGCGAAAACGUUUUUACCAAGUCCUACAGCUGGGGAUCCACAUUAUCCACGGUUAACAUGUUCAAAUGAAUGGUUACUCAUAAUGGGUAAUCGAACGUGAGCUCCAAAAACUAAGGAAAACAUUGGAAAUACAGGAAAAUCGGAUUUAAAUUAACUUUAAAAUAAAAUGUUGUUGAAAUAAAGAUUUAAAACCA